UUUCGUUGCCAGUAGGAGCUAGAACGAAGCACCCCGCAACCCCACCUCCGAGGCUCGGCAACGCAUCUCCAUUUACUCAUAGUCCAACGCCCAAAUCCAUCUUGUAUUUAAAUAAUUGAAGUCCUGUUUGGAAUCUUCUUAUUCAGAAACACUAUCUCAUAUAAAGUUUCCCCAUUUCAAAAUCAAUAUCGUCACCGCAUAUCAUCUCAGGAACAUUCCUAUUUCCCUACCCCACCAUGCGUCUCCCAUAUGCCCCAAACAGCAAGGAAGGUCUCGACGAGGCGUCUGCAGCAAUCUAUGACCGCAUAGCUGCCCGUCGGGGCCCUCGCCCGCUCCAGCCACUGGACCUCACCUUGUUCCACAGCCCCAACGUCGCAGAUGGCUGGAACAGCUUCCUCGGUGCCAUCAGAACCAAGACUAGCUUGCCAGAUGAUAUCCGCGAGAUUGCCAUAUGCAGGGUUGCUGUUCUUAACGGUGCAGCAUAUGAGUGGCUCAGCCAUGCACCAUUGGCUAAGAAGGGUGGGGUCAGCGAGGAGGGGAUGAAGGGCUUGGGCAACCCUGAAGUGGCAGCAGCAACGAAGCGAGAGGGGUUUAGUGACAAGCAGUGGGCUGUCAUUCGCUAUACGGAUGAGAUGACGAGGAACGUGAAGAUCCCCGAGGAGGUGUUUGGAGAACUGAAGAAACUGUUUUCGGAGCAGGAGGUUGUGGAAAUCACGGCAACGGUGGCUGCAUAUAAUUGCGUCAGUAGAUUCUUGGUGGCGUUAGACGUGGGGGAACAUAACAGCACCGAGAUGACAGUGCCGCAAUAAGACUCCGAUACGACAAUCUUCACAGGCACAGGAAUGCGCUAAGGUCACAAAGCGGGCGAGCUUGGGGACCGCGGAAAAGCAGAGUCCAUAUGAUUGUAUGGUCCCUACGCAGGCAUGUCAACAGUGCAGUGCGAAACUCGCACUGCACUAUCAGUGUCGCACUGAUAGUGUAAACAGUGCAGUCAGUGUAGUAUUUCAGCCUUAUUACGAGCCUUGAAAGUGUGGUAACUUGGGGAAAAUCGCAAUAGAAUUACAUGAUGUUCAACU